AUGGUUUACACCAAAUCUCGCCGUAUCAAGACGCUCGCGGUUGCCACAGCCGGGCUCUUGUCUCUUGCCCGAUGCGCUCCAUUUCCGGCGGCUGACAGCGUCGGCACCACUGCGUCCGCCACUGAAAGCGCCAGUUUUACUUUGACCUCUACCCCUAGCCUCGCCAACGCAGACAAGGCGAAGACUGCUUCCUUCACGCCUCUUAGCACUGCCAAAUGGCUUACCUCCGAGGACAACCAUGAGGCCGUGUCCGAGGAUGAUCUCAGCCGCUUUGGUAUUGCAGCCGAGCAGAUGAAAACGUUCCAGCCCGACGCCCCAGACCAGGAGCUUGCCGGUCCAGCCAAAGACACCGCCUUCAGUCAAACCGGCAUUGCAUUCCUCAAUAGCACUCUGCACGUGAAAAUUCCCACAGAAGUCGAAGGCGAAGAGAAGAGCGUCCGCUCCCGCGCCCUCGAGAUUACCAAAGAUGAGCGGGAGACCAUCAAACAGCUGGCCUACUCCCAGAGUCAGACCGGAUUCUGGCUCGGCCUCCUCAACGGCACACCCUACCGUUGGGAACUCAUGACCGUGGAAGGCGAGGAUGUCAGUGCCAGCUUCAGCAUUCAGCUUCCAUCUGUCCUCCAGCCCGGUCGAUCGAUUACCUGGAAGGCCGAAAUGAGCGACGACGAUGCCCACGCCGAGGUCCGCUACAACCUCAUCGGCACCAAGGAAGAGAUGUGGCUCACCCUCACGAUCCACCCUGGGUUCCCUCACAAAGUGACGGUCCAGUACGGCGGCGCGCUCGAGACGGUCGGCCUCAGCGACAGUGGCCAGUGCGGCAGCGUCGUCGAUCUCGGAGUCGACCGCGGCGUCGAGUGCGCCACCUUUUACCUCACCGGCGUCGAGGGCCGCUUCUACGCCAACGACGCGCCGCCCAAUUGGAUGCACUCGAUGAUGGACGACAUUGGCGAGUACACGCUGCGCGACGUCAUGCUGCCCCGAUCGCACCGCGCCGGCAUGUACACGACCCACAAGCGCUACGGCGUCGGCAACCGCAUCAACACCUUUACACAGGACUUUAGCGUCUACUACCAGCUCAAGGUUGGCGGCGUGCGUGUCCUCGACCUCAGCCCGCUGCUCGACAAGGACGGCAGCAUCUGGGAGAGCUACGGCAGCACCCCGAAGAGUCGCAGCCCCAUGAUUGCGAGCGGGUUCAGGGGUACCACCGGCGUCUCGCACGACUCGCUGGUUGCGCAGAUCAACAAGUUCAACGACGACUUCCCCGGCGAGCUCAUCAUCCUCGACGUCAACGGCAAGGAGCUGCGCAACGGCAAAGACUUCAAGCCGCUCCAGGGUGAGGGUGUCAGCAAGGUCAUUGACAGCUUCAAGCGCCUCAAGCACCGCGCCGUGCUCGUCCCUGGCAAGGACGUGACUCAGAUGCCGAUCGCCGACAUUAUCGGCAGCGGCAAGUCCGCGGUCGUCAUCCGCAUGCCCGAGGACCGCAUCCCCGGCCUGCCGGACGGGUACGACUGGCCCGGCGCCAGGAAGGGCUUCGUCACGCCUGCGGAGCUGCCCGUCUUCCGGCAGUGGUCCAACAAGGACGACGAGUACCACAUGCUGUACGACCAGGUCGCGGCCCUACAGCAGCACCGCAAGGACGGCCGCGCCCAGGAGCUGUACGAGGCCGACCUGCUGCUCACGCUGAAGGACAAGGACCUGUUCGGCGGCACGGCCAUCACCGCGCUCAACGCGCCUGCGUGGGUCAUGCUCGUGCAGCGCUUCUGGACAGCCUUCAAGGGCGUCCGCUACCCCAACUGGGUCGCCAUGGACGCCAUCCGCGGUAGCAGCCUCAGGGGCGUCGCCAUGGCCGUCAACCAGUGCUUCGUCGCCAAGCGCUGCGGUACCUUUGGCGGCCGCGUCCCCGGCGCCGCCGCCGAGCAGGUCUCCGGCAACAAGAUGCUGCCGACGCUGCAAAAGGUUGGCAAUGGCACCGCUUCGGCUACCGUGGUCAACAACUAA